AUGAAUGUGACGGGUAAUAUUCAAUGUGAUAUUUGCAAGACAAGUCAUGGUUUUAGCUCAGCUGAUCAACGUGCAAUUAUUGUUAUGACUGUUUUAGUGGCUAUUGCUCUUGUAUUUUGUUAUGUAGGUGUAUUAUGGUUUGCUAUUCGUACACGUUUUAAAUUGCCUAAAAAUUCAAAUGUUAUCGAUCAUACGAUGCAUAAAAAUGAGACAUUUAAUAAUGAUGAUGAAGAAAAUUUUGAUGAAUAUGUACAGCCAAUAGAAAAUAUAAGAAGUCCAUUACCACCAACUACAUCAACACAACAUGUUUAUUUUAAAACAGAAAAAGAAUAA